AUGGACAGAUCUACUACAUUUAGAAGUCGGUUGAAGGAACAUGAUCCUGGAAGAUAUAAAGAGUACCUAGAAAAGCAAAGGAUACGAGCAAAAGAAAGAAGGGAGCACCUGAAGAAAGAACUUCAAAAGAAAACCCCAAGUCCAGCUGCAAAGCAGAAAAAAGAACAUGAAUUACAGCUCCAAAGAGAAAGACAAAGAAAGUGGUUAGCAAAAAAGAAGGCCGAGACGAUGCCCAGUAUUAAUAUAAGAAAGUCAGUAAGGAAACUUUGUGUGGAAACAAGACACAGCAAGCAACACAAAAGGGAAUAUAACAGAGAAAAGAAAAGGGAAGAAAGAGCCAAUCAGUCAUACCAAAAGAAAAUGUGGAUUAGAAAAAAAGACAAUGUGGAUUAG